UAUCAGGCGAUUCAAGCGUACACGAAGUAGUUUCCAGCGUAACCGAUUAAAACGGUAACAAUUCAACUUCCAGUUGAAAUACACAGGUGAUUUCUAUACGAGCACCACGAGCCAUCGGUCUAAAGAAAUGAUAGUAGCAGAACCAAGGUCAAUCAGGCAUCAAUAACUUCUGUGUUAUCACCAGUGCGAUUCCAAAACACCGAGAUAAAAUGGCUGAGUUUCCUACGAUGAUAAUGCCCCAGAACUGGUGCAUUUAGAACAAUUGGCGAAUGUCACCACCGCUAAUAACAGUGCGGAUCUUGUGCUGUGUUCAAUUCUUGUGUUGUUACAGCGCGAAGUGGAACAAGUAGAGCGAGUUUGCCAAGAUGAAGUUGGUCCAGUUCAUGUUGAAAGACCACAAAUACAGGAUAGGGGUCCUGAAGGAUAAUCAGAUCAUCGAUCUGAAAUCGAAAUUCAAUUUUGUACCGUCCCUCUUAGUUGAAUUUUUCGCAUCUUCGUCGGCUCUAGCAGUUGCCAGAGAAAUUGUGGAGCACCCAAAAAUCAUUUAUUCCUUAGAUGAGGUAGUGCUCCUUGCUCCUAUAAUGAGACCGGACAAGGUCAUAUGCAUAGGUUUGAACUACCAGAAUUUCUGCGAUGAACUCCAAACAGCUUGUCCUAAUGAACCUGUGGCUUUCUCCAAAUUCCCUUCUUGCAUUACUGGACCUUACAGUGACAUCAAGCUUCCAAAAAUAAGUAACCAAGUUGAUUGGGAAGUAGAACUGGCUGUGAUCAUAGGGAAGGAAGCAAAAGACGUUCCUGCAAAAGAAGCUUUCGACUACGUCCUAGGCUAUACGGUAGCCCAAGAUAUCAGUGCUAGAGAUUGGCAAGUUAGGAAUGGCGGACAAUACCUCCUAUCCAAAUCGAUGGAUACUUUCUGUCCUCUAGGACCCUAUAUAGUGACGAAAGAUGAAAUUCCAGAUCCACACAACUUGAACCUGAGAUGCUGGGUGAAUGGAGUGCUAAAGCAAGAUGGGAAUACAAGAGAUUUAGUCCACAAGAUAGACAAGCUCAUUGAGCAUCUGUCAAGUGUCACCACAUUAUAUCCAGGCGAUCUCAUCCUUACCGGUACUCCUUCUGGAGUUGGCUUCUAUCGAGAUCCACCAGAGUUCCUCAAACCUGGUGACAUAGUGGAGAGUGAGAUUGAAGGUAUUGGAAAGAUGUUGAACCACGUCAUAUGAAGAGGAUGGGCUGCUGAAUUUUUAUAAGGAAUCUUUGGCCUGUUUCCUGUUCUGCUCAAUGUUAUGAUAACCUUUUUAAAUUAUUGGAUUUUAUGAAUAAAUAUGUUUUCUUUAA